AUGAAUGAAAUCCAGAGGAACUUGUCAAAGCUUACAACACCUUAUCUACUUGUCCAUGGUGAUGAAGAUCAAUUAGUGAAGAUUGACGGUUCACAAUACUUACCUGAGAAUUCUCCCAGUAACCACAAGACAUUUAAGGUACACGAAUGAGCUGCUUUACUGACAGCACUGAGCGAACUAAUGGCCUCUCUAUGGGUAUUUCAGACGAAUAGUUAGGGCGCUUGACGCGGUAUAUCAUGAGGGCAGGAAGAGGUGGUCUUAAAACGGUGUUUACUCCUGUGGUGUUACUGCCCUGUCCGUAGCCUGCGAGGAAACCCUCCGGGGGCGCUCUAGCGCUGCGGCGCCCCGGAGAGUGUGCUCACAGGCUACCCUACCCGGGGUAGGACUUGCGACCGCUUUUGUUCCAAGCGUAAUCAUUGUGAACUUAUCCCAACAACAGUCGUGAUUUGUCUAAACCUUUUUAGCCCCAAGAGUGAUCACCAAUAUCAAUUUUCCCCUGACAAUGUCACCACGUUUUCAAGGCAAAAGGUUAUGAGAAUUUAUAAAAUAAUCACCAAAGAGAAAAUUCUCGUCUCCAAUAUUGAUGUCUAUAGAAUAAUAUAGAGUUUUCCCUCUUCGGCCAAUUUUCCGUCCCGUUGUCACUUUUAAAUCUACCUAUUAUUAUUUCAUUAUUAACUCAACUGCUUGUAAAACUUCCUUUGCAGGUGUACAAAAAUGGACGCCAUGAACUGUUGAAUGAGGUGGAAGGAACUGUGAGCGUGGUUUACAAGGACAUUCUAGACUGGAUCCAGCAAAAA